UUGAAGUAAACAGAUUUUGCACGAAUAGUAAAAAACUCUCGUAUAAAACUUUAAAUUAAAUAAUACACAAAUGCGUGAUUUACACAAAGCAUUGGCAUUGUUUAACGAAGAAUCUGCGAUGGAUUAUUGCGAGGAAUUCGACGAUACAAAAUCGGUAUUACUUUACUGCAACCAACAUGUGAAACCAUUCUCUAAAGUACAUUUCCGUGGCGGUAAUGAAUUAAUUAUCAACGAAUUAGUUCGUCGUCUGCAGCAAGCACUACUCGAUCGACAAUUAAUUGAUUCAGAGAAUAAAAAACCUUUGGCGAAGGCACAUCAAAAACUGCGUAAAGUUUUGAUAUUCCUAUUUGCAAAUACCGACGCUACCUACAAAUAUAACUUGCACAGUGACACCGCAAUUGCGCAUGUUUUGGAGCAGUGCCCUUUGCUACCUAAAUUCUUAUUAGUUACACUAGUUUGGGAGUUGCAACUAGAUCAGUUUUUCUAUGAGGCACUCUCUUAUACCCCUUGUUGGUUUGCUUUUCAGUAUUUUGAGACCGCUGCAGAUACAAUGAAAUUUAUUGAAGAUCCAUAUGACGUUUUGGAAAAAGUAGAGCAGCUAAUGCGUUCCUUGCUCAUUUGCAUAUCACGUUCCGAAUAUCGCAAGAUUGACAUGGUAGAUAAAAAAAUCAUUUACAACAAAUUGUAUGAUUACAGCAUGAAUUUACUCCGACAAUUCUAUACACCUGAUUCUGAAAAAUUUAAGCAAUUCAGUAAAUUGCAAUUUUUCCGAUACUCUGGUUUUGCUUUAAAACAUUUACUUCAAAUGACCUUGUUUGCAUUUGAUUUAUUCGAAUCGCCAGACAAAGCAAGGCCAAAUAUAAAUGUUGAUAUAUAUGAAAUAGGUCGAGAAGUAUGUCCGCCUGUGCCAGAUAAUGAAGCAGCAAAGCCCUCGGAUGCGCUGAAAGAGCAGCAGUUAAAGAUAAUAAAAGCUCUCCUCAAUUCACUACAAUACAACGUUAUGUUGGUUAAAAUAGAUGUCUUCAUGUAUUGGGUUGAAGUAGAUAUUACUCCUACAACAACAUUACAGUUAUCAAUUGGUGAAAUGAUUUAUGAAGUUGGCGAACGAAUGCGCGCAAAUCCUAAAUUUGGACACGAUGUCGAAGAGCAACUAAAAAUGCUGGCUAUUAAACCGAAAACCCUUAGUGAGACAAUUGAGAGCGCAACAUUGGGGGAAAUUUUACGUAACUUAGAUGAAAACUCUCCGCAACAUGUAAAAAAAGCAUGGUUCGAUGAGCUUUUUAACCGAUCCAUUGCUCUUGGUAAUGAAGAAUGCCUGGAAUCCAUUAAAGAACAUAUAAAGCUGCUGACUCCUAUUAAUUGUCAAUUGGCCUUGGAUUUUAUCAAGCAAUCUUCACAAUUACAAGCAAUCGACAAUGAAAACGAAGAAGGUGGUGGUGAAGGCGAAAAUAGCGAGAAAAUGCAAAUAGAUCCUUCCGAUUUUGAAUCUUUGACAUCGUUAAUACUUUUGGGUAUACAGAAUUUUAAAUCCGAAGAUAUAUUACAAUUGUUGGCUUAUCAAACGAAAGCUUUCGGCAAAUCCACAAAUAUUUGCUGUCAGGAUGACUACCAACAUCGCGUAAAUGAGUUUCUCAAUAAAUACGUCAGCUCAUUUGAUUUCCAGCAAUUUCUGGUGCUCUGUUUUGAGAACCCGUCUCAAAUGUGGACCAAAUUCUUUGAAUGUGCCUGCCACAAUUCGGAACAUGUGCGCAACUUUUGCAAAACAGUACAACAAUCGCGACCAUUUUCGAAUGUAUAUUUUGACGAAUUGCUCGAAGAUGCAAUGCAUGAUUCUGACAAGCUGAAACAAAAAAAGUUUCCUGAGUUAUUGUGUGAAAUAUAUUUUGUCUUGUACCAUCCUUCGCGCAAAACCGAGUUUUUAAAACAAUUUAUGAAUAAAAAUGUGAAUGCGUUGUUAGAUGCUCAACGAUUUGGACAUCUGCUGCCAGUUGUGAAUGCGUUAAAUUUAAUUGCAGCACAUGGAGAAACACAGUCGAAUAAACCGCUGACAUUUGGUGAAGUUACUGCACCGGUGUUACUGAUGGCUGCACAAAUCAUGGAUAAGGCUCGUUGGGAUCUUAUCACUUAUACGGAUGAACGGGAUGAAUUGGUGCGUGAAUGCAUACAGUUUAUACAGUACACUUCCAAAAGAUUUCUGCCCGUGGCUACAGAAAAAGAUCGAAAAUGGAUUACCAAAGUCAUUAAAGAUUCUUAUAGGCCUAUAACUCAGUAUUACUUUCAAAAAUUCUCACAGGCACCAGAUCAACCGGCGGUAGAUUUCGAUCGUUUUCUCAUACGUUUAGAAAUUGAAGACAAAUCAGAGGCUGAAAUGUUCCUAAUUAUUAAUUAUGUUCGUUGUACCAUGAAAGAGACAGAAUGGCUGGCCCGUAGUGACCGUCUCCUGCCUCACAUAUCCGAUGUUAUGAUCAUUUUAAGUGGCGUUGUUGUUGAAACAGAUAAUCCGAAUGCAAUUAAUAAUUAUCGUCACUGUCUAAGCAAUUACGCAAAUAUUGUAAUAAAAUUUGUAUUGCCACCAUUGAAAAAUGAUACGAAGAAAAUUGAAAAAUUAAUGCUCAAGGUUUUGAAAAUUAUCGAAUCAGCUCCACCACAGCUUUAUGAAGAAGUAUUUAUUAGUUUUACCGCUUUACUUCUGGAUAUCAUGCGUAAUUGUGCGCUUCCGUUGAAGGAUGAAGACAACAUAGUGAAAUCUGUGCGCAAAUUCAUCGGUGAUAUGAAAGACUGCCAAGGGAAAGAAAUGUUCUUGGAGAAAUUCCAAGCAUUAGUAACUGAACUGUUAACCUAAACAACCGAACUACCGACUAAUUUUGCUAUUUGAAAAAGAGUGAACUGAAUUACUUUAAUUAUCAUUAAAUUUGGGCGUCCUAUGAAUUAAAUUCUGAAAUACGCCUUUAAAAAAUUAAAAAAUUUUGUUAUUAAAAUUUGUUCAUUAAACUA